AUGUCUAACGUAGAACGUAAAUACCAUGUACAGUUGACAUCUAAAAUCACUGAACACUGGUUAUGUGAACGAAACAACCUCGAUUCCUCGAUAGAAAAUGACGGCAUUAGUAUUUGUCAUCAGUCGUAUGGAAAGAGACACGAAGUUUCUGCACCUACACUUCAUUCAACAGCGAACGAGAGAAUUAAGGUACCAGAAAGUAGUAAAACGGAUUCGCCACAUAAAGGUAUUUUAAUUCCUACCUAUUACUAUCCUAUUUGUUGCCAAAGUACAUCUAAUUCUCUAAAAUCACGGAAUAUCACAUGUGAGGCAUCGUACAUCGACAAACCACUGGAAUUAACGAAGAUACAAUGUCGAAAUAAUUCCAAUAUUGUAGGACAUCUUCAUACUGAAAGGAGUAAAUAUGAGACUUUGGAGGACCCUGGAGUUUUUGUAAGCGAUCGCUUGCAAGAAACUGUGAACAUAUCAAAUGUACCACACAAAUCAUGCAUUGAUGAUUUUACUAAACGUGUUAAUGUAAGUUCGAAUGUAGAAGUAUUUCCAUACAGCUACUAUGAUGAUUCUGACGAUGACAGUAACUUCCUAAAAGAAUUGAAGAAAGAAUCCAGUAUUCGAGAAGGGUCAAAUUCGCAAUUAAUAAAAAAAGAGUUUAGAUCAGAACUUGGUGCUACUGGAAAUUGCCGAGAUUUUCUUAAAUUGAUGGAUCAUACUGAAACUGUCAAAGAUUGUAACAAAUGUAAAGAAUCUGAAGCAUUACUUAUACAUAGAGCAACAGUGAAGAAUGAAUGCGAGCAUAAGCAGCCACUGUUAGGAUAUAUACAAGCGAAUGGGAAUAGUAAAAAUAAUGAAGCGACGAGAACUGCAAACAAUAAAUUGGAUUUGAGCUGUAAAUUUUCUCGUAAUGAAAAGAGAACUAUGCGAGAUAGCUAUAAUACAACAUCACCGUGGCAUCAAUACUCCUCUCAACUAUCAACAAAGUUGAAUGAGAAGAAUUUGACUAAUUCAAUAUCCUCUCACGGACCCUUAAUGCCUUCAUCUGUCACUGCUGAAAAAAAGUUCAGGGUACCGAAUGUCAGCGAGUGGUAUCAACAAACGGUGAUGCUACCAAGAAAUGCUGAAGGUAGCAUCCACCAUUAUUUUGAAUACCUUAUGUAUUUUCAAAAUUAA